AUGAACUUCUCUGAAAAAUUAAUCGUCGACGACAACGCCCUGUUUAAAAUCAAAAAUGAAAUUCAAGCUGAGUUCUCUCACGGCCUUAAUUACCACGGCACAGACGUAUCGAUGAUCCCCACGUUCGUCUAUGGCUUGCCGGAUGGAACUGAAUGCGGCACCUAUUUAAGCCUGGACCUGGGCGGCACAAAUAUGCGUGUCUGUGAAGUUAAUCUUUCUGGUGACAGGAACUUCUCCAUUUCUCAGGAGAAGUAUAAAAUCACUGAGGAUCUCAAGACAGGCGAGUUCACUGAGUUAUUCUCGUACAUGGCCAAAUCUAUUGGUCACUUUAUAUCCACAAAGUCUCAAUCCAAGCAAGGUCAGAGAAUCCCACUCGGUUUCACCUUCUCCUUCCCCGUCGAUCAGUCUGCUAUCAACUCAGGCAAAUUGAUCGGCUUCACCAAGGGCUUCAAUGCCAAGAAUGCCGUUGGGAAGGAUGUCGUUGAGACGCUACAGGAUUGUCUCAAUAAGCAAAACAUUCCUGUCGAUGUCGUUGCGUUGGUCAAUGAUACUGUCGGCACUUUGCUCGCUCACUCGUAUCAAUCUGGCGGUGCGAAGAUCGGUGCUAUCUUUGGCACUGGCACUAACGGUGCGUACUUGGAAGAUCUUACCGAGAUCAAGAAGCUUGACGACGAAGCCAAAAACCCCAAAGCUGGUUCUAAAAUGGUCGUCAACACCGAAUGGGGCAACGUUGACAACGCCAGAAGUGUGUUGCCGAUAACUGAAUGGGAUGAUAUUGUCGACUCUGCGUCGAUCAAUCCACGCAGACAGUCUUUCGAAAAACUUAUCUCGGGUAUGUACCUAGGUGAGAUAUUGCGGAGGCUGCUGGUGGAUCUGCACGCCAAGCAAGAGUUUCUCAGCAACACGAGCACGCUUCCGGAGGCUUUUAACACGCAGUACGGGCUAGACACGGCUCUCAUGUCUGAUUCUCUCAGAGACUCAGACGGUGAGACCACACAUACGAAGCAGGUGCUGGGUGCAUUAGGCGUAUCUGCAGAAAAUGUUCGCGAGCUGGAUGCGCAGCUUUUCAGAGAUGCUUCGCAACUGAUCGGGUUGCGCGCUGCCAGAUUCAGUGCGUGUGCUCUCGCAGCCGUGAUCGAGUCAGAGGCGAGUGAGAACGCCGCGGGAGAUAUCAACAUUGGGCUGGAUGGAUCUGUCAUCGAGUUCUUCCCGAGAUUCGAACAAUCUAUCCGGGAUGCUCUCAACGUCAUUCUCGGCAACCAGGCUGAAAAACGUAUCAAAAUUGGACUGGCUAAGGAUGGAAGUGGAGUGGGAGCUGCUCUAUGCGCCUUGCAAGCUAUUAAGCAGGGAGUUGCGAAGAAAUAG